AAUCAAUUUUUAUGAUUCAUCUUUGUUUUUAUAUUAAGUCUGUAAUUAAUUUAAAAAAGCGAAAAUUUGGCUACUAGAACCUCGAUUCGAUUCUAAAAAUGUAUACUCAUCUAGCCGGAGGGCGAGCCAACGUUCAGCUACUACAAGAAUCAGCUAUUCGGGAGCUUGUAGAAAUUCUAGAUCGCUGCGAAGGAACUAAGGCGAUAUUAUGGGACGAAUCUCUGGGAGGUCCAGUAGGACUGGUGGCACGGUACACUUUUCUCGAGGAACAUAAUGUGACGAAAAUGUAUGCGCUAAGUGCGGAACCAAUGGCCGACAUCGAUGUGAAGAAUAUCAUCUUCAUAACCCGGCCGAAUCAAACCCUGAUGGAUUACAUUGCAAACAAUAUCCACGAGGAGGAAAAGAAGAAGAAGAUAUCAAGAAAGGAAUAUCAUCUCUAUUUUGUGCCCAAAAGAUCAUUCCUCUGUGAGAAGCGUCUGCAGGUUAAAGGUGUUCAAGGAAGCCUAGCUCACAUAGGAGAAUUCAAAUGUGACUUUUUCCCAUUUGACAAUGAUCUACUUUCGAUGGAACUGAAAGAUGCCUACAAGGAUCUAUACUUGGACCGCGACACUUCUUGCUUGCACCAAUCCGCGUGUGCGCUUCUAGCGUUGCAAAAGCUGUACGGUCGGAUCCCCAAGGUUUACGGCAAGGGUAGCUGUGCUCAACGUGUUUGGGAACUGACUAAAACCAUGACUAAUGAGGACGAAGCCAUUCCGAACAACGACAAAGGUGUCAUCGACCAGAUGAUUAUAUUGGAUCGAUCCAUCGAUCUGAUGAGCGUUCUCGCCACACAACUCACAUACGAAGGUUUAAUCGAUGAGAUUUUCGGGAUUAAUAAUACGACUGUCAAUCUUCCGGCAGAAAAGUUCAGCUCUGGGGAAGGAUUCUCAAUGGAAAAGAACACCGAAAAAAUUAAGUUUAUUCUGAAUUCGAAGGAACAGCUGUAUGCCAAAUUGCGUGAUAAGCAUUUCAACGCGGUAGGAGCUGUGCUGUCCAGACUAGCCAAAUCGAUCCGCUCCACAGCUAAUGAAAAUCACGGAGAGAAAUCAAUUCAAGAGUUGAAGAAAUUCGUAGAACGUCUGCCAGAUAUAAAAGCCAACGAACAAUCUCUAGCGACUCACACAAAAAUAGCAGAACGUGUCAAGGAAAUCAUCUCAUCGGACAAUUUCCUGGAUGAGUUGGGAUGCGAACAAGAGUUCAUGAUAUGCUCGGAUAUAGAUAAACCGAAUCCGUUCAUCGAAGAUUUAAUUGCCAAACAGGCACCGCUACGAAACGUCCUCCGACUAAUGUGCAUGCAAUCCAUAGCUGGUUCCGGGUUGAAGCCCAAAGUACUGGACUACUACAAACGUGAGCUCGUCCAGGUUUACGGCUUGCAAGUUCUCCUGACCAUCGGCAAUCUGGAGAAAGCCGGUUUAUUAAAAGCACAAACAGGUACCAGAACAUACACAGUUCUCAGGAAAACUUUCAAUCUGACGGCAGAGCACCCCGAGGAAGUGUCACCCAAGGACAUUACCUACGUGCACAGCAUUUACGCUCCGCUCUCCGUGCGGAUCGUUGAGCAACACCUAAAACCGAACGGAUGGCAAUCGCUGAACGAUGUUCUAUCCAGUCUUCCCGGGCCAACGUUCGAAGAUUUUCAACCGGCAACGGCCCUCAACAGCCGGCGAGGUUCAUUUACCUCGGAGAUUUCCCAGUCGGACAUUCCUCGGGUAAUUGUGGUGUUCUUCAUCGGUGGAUGCACGUUUGCCGAGAUCUCCGCCUUGCGUUUCCUGGCGCAGCAGGACGAGAACAAUGUCGAAUUUCUCGUGUGCACCACGAAGCUGAUCAACAAGAAUAGUUUUCUGGAUUCGUUCAUCGAAAAGUACUGAUAGAGGGUCGGUUUAGUGUGUUGGUAUGAUAUUGUUAAGUGAAUUAUUGAUGUGUGUAUUCCAUUAUU